AUGGAUAUAGACAACGAUGUGCCAAUGAAGGACGCAAUGGAAGACCAAUUGGAUCAGGCGAUUGACGAAGAUUCUGGAGUAGGAUCCGUGUCGUACUUCAAUGCCAGUAGCGGCCGUACAGUAUCAGGGAUAGCGGAUACCAAGUCAUCAAAGCCCCUGGAACUAACUGCGUCGAGCAUCAGCCAGUUGGACCAGUGGAUUGAGCACCUCGCGAAGUGCCAGGUGCUUUCAGAGGAGGAUGUAGGUAAGCUCUGUAAGAUGGCAGUGGACGUCUUGCAGUUCGAAGAGAACGUGCAGCCGGUGAGCGUGCCUGUGACGAUAUGCGGAGACGUUCACGGGCAAUUCCAUGACCUCAUAGAGCUCUUUAAGAUCGGUGGGCCUUGUCCAGACACAAACUACCUCUUCAUGGGAGACUAUGUGGAUCGCGGAUACUACAGCGUGGAGACGGUUUCGUAUUUGGUCGCCAUGAAGGUGCGCUACCCGAACAGAAUUACCAUCCUGCGUGGCAACCACGAGUCGCGCCAGAUCACACAGGUCUACGGGUUCUACGACGAGUGUCUCCGGAAGUACGGGAGCGCCAAUGUGUGGAAGAUGUUCACCGACCUUUUCGACUACUUUCCGAUCACAGCAUUGGUGGACAACAAGAUCUUCUGUCUGCACGGAGGGCUAUCGCCGAUGAUCGAGACCGUCGACCAGGUGCGCGAGCUCAACAGGAUACAGGAGGUGCCUCAUGAAGGUCCUAUGUGCGACCUUCUCUGGUCGGAUCCGGACGACCGGGGUGGCUGGGGGAUUAGUCCCCGCGGCGCCGGCUUCACCUUUGGCCAGGAUAUCAGUCAGCAGUUCAACCACACCAACGACCUCUCGCUGAUCGCCCGCGCGCACCAACUAGUCAUGGACGGCUACGCGUGGUCCCAUCAACAGAGCGUCGUCACCAUUUUUAGCGCGCCGAACUACUGCUACCGCUGUGGUAACCAGGCCGCGAUCAUGGAGGUCGACGAAAACCACAACAGACAGUUUCUGCAAUACGACCCUUCGGUGCGCCCCGGCGAGCCCACCGUCAGCCGCAAGACCCCCGACUACUUCUUGUAG